AUGCCUUCGCCUCGGCCCAAGAACGGAGGAGGCCUCGAGACCACGACCCCUCGUCUCGAGACCACGACCCUUCUCCUCAGCCGCGGAGCCGGCUACGAGAAUAAGCGCGCAAGGGGCGGAGCGAGGCUGCGGCGCCACGCCCCCAGCACCCCGUGGGAUUUCUUUCCCUUAUUUUAUCACAGAGAUUCCAUUGUUUAUUCCUCAUUACUCAUUCCAGGACCAGGUAAAAUCUACCUUGGCUUGGAGUGGACCAGCAGUUUGGAUGUAUCAGUUGCAUUUAGACUUCUCAGAGUUCCAGCUGAGAGUAAAGGACCAUGCCUUACAUUCUCUCACCUAAAUUUAAAGGAUUCCUUCAGAGAUCUGUUUAAUCCCCAAAUGGAGAUAUUUUUGAUAUUGUAUACAAGGAACAACCCGAGCUGUGCUGAGUCACUGUUUGAGCAGGAUAACUCACUUAAUGUUAAUUUCAACACAAGAAAGAAAACAGUGUGGCUUAUUCAUGGAUACAGACCAACGGGCUCCACUCCACCAUGGCUUCAGAACUUUGUGAGAAUUUUGUUGGACCAAGACGAUAUAAAUAUAAUUGUAGUAGACUGGAACCGAGGUGCUACAACUUUUCUUUACAGUAGAGCGGUUAAAAAUACCAGAAAAGUUGCUGUGAGUCUGAGUAGGUACAUUCAGAAUCUUUUGGGGCAUGGAGCAUCUCUUGAUAAUUUUCAUUUCAUAGGUGUGAGUUUAGGGGCUCAUAUUAGUGGAUUUGUUGGAAAGAUAUUUCAUGGUCAAGUUGGAAGAAUAACAGGUCUUGACCCUGCUGGACCACAAUUCUCUGGAAAACCAUCAAAUGGCAAAUUAGAUUACACUGAUGCACAUAUUGUGGAUGUCAUACACACUGAUACCAAUGGUUUAGGCAUUAAAGAACCCUUGGGACAUAUAGAUUUCUAUCCAAAUGGAGGGAAAAAGCAACCUGGCUGUCCUAAAUCAAUUUUUUCAGGACUUGAAUUUAUUAAAUGCGACCAUCAGAGAGCAGUUUACUUAUUCAUGGCAGCUUUGGAAACAAGCUGCAAUUUUAUUUCAUUUCCUUGUCAUUCGUACAAAGAUUACAAGACUGGUUCAUGUGUGGAUUGUGCCGACUUUAAGGAAAAAUCGUGUCCUAAACUAGGUUAUCAAACUGAGCUAUGGAAAGAUGUUUUAAAAGAGAGAAUAGAGAACAGAACUCUCAGGACCACUGUGUUUUUGGAUACUGUUGGCACAAAUCCAUUCUGUACCUAUUAUUUUGUUCUCAGUAUAAUUGUUCUGGAUAAAACAAUGAAGGAUGGCUGUAUUACAUUUAAAUUAUUAAACCAACUUGGAAUGGUUGAAGAGCCAAGGCUCUUUGAGAAGAACAGAUUAUUUUAUAAACUUCAAGAAUUCAAGAUUCUUGCUCAGUUUUUAAAUGAUGUUGUAAAUAUUUCAGCCAUUAGUUUGGCAUAUUUUCAGAGCUCAAAUCAGCAAUGUUCCACAUGCAGAUACACUAUUCAGCGUCUCAAGUUAAAAUCACUUACAUAUCCAGAAAGACCACCACUAUGCACUUAUAAUUUUGUACUUAAAGAAAGUGAGGAAAUAUUUCUCAGUCCAAAUACAUGCACACCAGAUGAAAUAUAAAAUGCCUUCUUCUAUCAGAUGUAACAACUUGUUUGUGAAUUAAAGAACUUGUAAAUGGAAACAACACAAUUAGUAUUUCUUUCAGAAUGCAUUGUUCAAUCUGAAAUUCAGAUAUUUCUACUUCUUGAAUAAAUUUUUAAGAAUCAAAAAUAUAGAAUAUUUUUAAAUGCAUAUGCUAAAGCAUUCUGAAUAUAUUUUAAAAGCUAUUUAUUUCUGUUUACCUUAAUCAAAUGUUUCUCAUUGAACGUUUCCUUAAUUACUUAGUAUUAAUAGAUAAUAUGUCUUUAGAAGAAGAGAGAAGCUUAUUGCUUCAACACACUGUCUAAAUAGUAUCAUUCUCCGCUCAGAAUGCAGUAAUAAAUGAAUUUUUUUUAAAUUUGUAAAUUUAUCAUUUUGAGAAGUCACUUGGAUUAAUGUAAAUCUUGUAAACAUAAAUACACCUUCUGUUUAGUGAGCUGUUUGGCAUUUUGUAAUGCUUUGUAAAUAAAGGCUUUGUUUCUGUGGAGCACAAUAAUCUAUGGGCCUGAAAUCCUUAAUGUCAGAUCUGGGGUCUACCAUUUACUAAUGGUGUGAUCUUGAGUAACAAAAUUUACCUCACCAUGUUGCAGUUACCUAAGAAUCUUUGUGAAGAUUGAUUCAACACUUUGACUAGUGUCUGCCCAUAGUGAUAAUAAUAAUAAAAAUAAUAACAGCUAACGCUUACAUACAUCACUGUAUUCUUGGCAUAAUUUGAUACUUUAUAUACAUCAAUUCAUUUAAUCCCUACAAAAGCCCUAUGAGAUUGGCCUUGUUAUCUCCACUGAUGAAGAAACAGAGGCACAGAAAUGUUAACUAAUUUACCCAGGAUUGGGUAGUUGUGUCCUUAUACGAUUAUGGCCCACUCUAACGGACUCAUUUUAAUUUAAUCACCUCUUUAAAGACCCUGUCUCUAAAUAUAUUCACAUUCUGAGGUACUGGGAGUUAGGGAUUUAACAUAUGAAUUUUGGGGGUAAAAAGUUCAUCUCAUAAUACCUUCUAUCACUCAUUAGCUCCACAGUGAUGACCUUUGUGUAAUGACAUUUGAAGGUGAAUUGGGACCAUUAUUGGUGCCUACCUGGAAAACACUGACGUGUAAGACCCUUGAUGUAUUAUAUGUGUGUUCCAGGCAGAAACAAGUAGAAGGCUCUUCACAUUUUGCUUAGGGAUUUAAGCAGUGCUGCCUGCACCUCUACUGUCUGUCAGUCCUUCUUGAAAAUAGCUCCUUCAGGUUCUGCCUCAGCCCUUCACUCUACAGGCCUCUGACUCCAAGCAAUAGAUACUUCUCUCUCCUCUCUGUCACUUGGGCAUUUGCUCACAAACUUCCCACAUUCUUAAACAAAACCACGGACGCUUAUGUAAUUUCACUUUUCUAAUCCCCCUCAAAUAGUUUGUCAGAUAUCCCCAGAAAUUUUGAAUCUCAGUUUGUGACAUUUAAAAUUAAAUAAAAUGCAUUCGAGAUACGUUCCUAGGGGCAGAAAUCCUGCUCCAGUAUUUGUGACUGCUUAGGACCUCUGGGUAGCAGAGAAACAGUACCCGACUUGUCCCACAGCACAUUAAAUUAGGGCCCUGUAAUCAUCGUAAGAAAACUUCCUUGUCAUAAGUGAUGGAAUCUUUCACAGAUAAGUUGAAGAUAUAAACUUAUGAAAUGUUUAUAGGUUUUCCUAUUGCAUUACCUUCACCAGUGUCCUAAUACCCUCUACUUUUUUUAAGAUGAACAAUGAAAGGAAACCUUUGGAGCCUGUCUUCAGGGUGAGGGAAGUAAACUCCUCUGAUCCACAAGUCUUCAAGCAAUACUUUUAAUCAUCUUUGUUUUUUUCCAAAUUUGUAGAAAUCAUAGAUCAAAAAUAGUAGUAAGAGGGAAAAAAUUAACUGUUUGAACGACUGUGAUGAAGCACAGGUAUUUUUAUAGCAAUUAUCUAGGACAACAGAAGGAACAGAUAGCCAUUACGCACAAAAUGCGUUACACCAGGCUGCUUUGAAGACAUGCUGCUCUGGGUCAGAUACAGAAAGCUACAGAGAGAGGAGUUGUUUAAGUUCUUUAUCCUUCAGGAUGCCUACUUGGCAUGCGUCAUAGUCUCGAACUCAACAUUGUCGUUCAAAGUCCUCUCAACAACAUAUAGUGUAUUUUUAAGUUAAUUUGAGGAUUUAUCUAAUUAAAUAACAUGUUCCAUAUUUUACUGAUGUGCCCUCUUUGUGUUUCCAUUGAAUAAUAAACAUUUUAUUAAAAAAAUAAAUCCCCAACACAGCAACAAAUCAUACUUUGCUACACAAAAUAGUUGACUGAAAUUUUAAGUGGACAUAAUCAAAGGGCAACUAGAUUUUGUUUGUUUUAACAAACUACAAUUUAAAAAAAUUGCACCAUUCAGAUAAGUUGCAAUACCAAUCUAAUUUACUGGAUAAUUGUUUAAUUGUGUGUGUGUGCCCAUUAUUGACAAGGCACAAUUAUGUAAGCUUACAAUCAGCCGUAAUCAUAAAAGUGUUGUCGCGAGUCAUAACAUUUAUGGUCUAUGCAUUAAUCCUGUUUUUUCUAAUAAUAAUAAUAGCAAGUACAUAAUGAGUAAUUACUAUAUGCCAGUCUGUGUUUUAAGUCUUUCAUUUGCAAUAUUUCAUUUAGUCCUUACAAAUGCCCUAUCAGGUAUGUUAUUUUAUCACCUUCAGUGACUAAGGGGAGAAAUAGAAAAAAAAAAAAAUCCUUCAGACUAUUACUUUCAAUACUUGAAAGAUAUAUUUGUUGUGUUUUGAUAGUUAUCUAUUGGGUAUUUAUUAGGCAUCCUGUAAAUGUUUGUGAAUGGGUGAACAGGAAGUCAAAUGCUCUCAAUAAAAAGCACAGGACAAAGGGGGAAGCCCGGCCCUGAGAAACUGUGAUGUGGCCAGUGAGUGCCUGCCAAAGCCAUGAAGCUUGCUGCACGGGAACAUCCCAGCAAGUCAUAAGACACAUGUGCUGGUUUUCUGGUCUGUGCUUUCAGGAUCUUAGGAUGAAGAUGCUGCUAAAAGUUACCAAAUACCUGAAUCCUUCCCCAAGAUAGUAUAACCUGCCUCUCCAAGUGGCAUAAACAGAAUUGUCAGAGGACAUUAGGGGAUGCCAUUGGAGUUAUGAAAUGUAGGACUUCAGUGCACAGAGAGCAUUUUCAUUCAUAAUUUCUUUUAUCCUAUGAACAUGUGGUACAUGAAAAAAGAAGGAUAUAUGGGAGGUUGAACAGCUGGUUAUGCAGAUGGUGUUGAUGAGUUGAAUUUGGAUUUCUGUACCAUGGCUUGAGUUUCUGGAAUGUGAGGCUCUUGGCUGGGGGUAGGAUUACAUAUCUCACAGGGACAUGGAACAAUGUGUUUGCAUGUAGGCUAGCAGUCAUGAUUAAAGUGCUUUAAAUGGAACAUAAUAUUGCAGAAAGUGUUUGAAGAUUCAAAGCAACAGAUCAUUCACCCAGAUUCACUAGGACCCUUUGAAAACUCUUCCAGAUUUCCUAUUGAUCCCCAUCAGCACCUUCCAGCUCUUUAACUCAGGUUUACCCUUGCACCUUCCUUCACGCUUGGGCCCUUUCUUGGCCUUUUCCAUGGUUAACUUGUUAUCUCUCCCAAACUCACUCCUUCCUUUGCUUUUGCCUCCUCCUCUGUUCCCCAAAGAUGCUAUUUCAUGUCUCUGUUACAGCAUAGGGUAUUAUAACUCUUUGCUUACUUGUUCAUAUCCAUCACUAGAAUGUGAUCUUCCUGAGAGUAAGGAAUUUUGUGUUAUAUAUACAUUUUUGUAUUUUCAGGGUCUAGGUGAAUGCCUGGUUUGUUUCAGGGGCUCCAUAAACAUCUGUUGGAUGAUAAAUGCAAAAUUAAAUAUAUGAAGCAGUAAGUUUCUUUUUGGCUUAGCUGGGUAGGAGUGGGCAGACACCAAUGAUUGCUGGCUACUUAGAAGAACAAAAUGUUUCAAGUGGUUCUGGUUAGAGAUCAGAGAGCCCUCACGAAGAUAAUUUAAGAUUAUUUUUGUCUUACAUUCUUUUCUAAGAAUGCAGUAAAACCAGAUUUGAUUUUAAUAUUAGACCAUGUUAGUCAAGACAAUUAUAGUAUUUAAGAAUAAUUUGCAUUUAGAAUUAAAAAGUUCUUUUACAUAUAUUGUUAAAGUAUUAAAAUAUUAACAUUCUAAACACAGAUGAAUUAUAAAUUUUAGGUUUUUCCUUAAUAACUCUCUGGGAAAAGAAACAAUUUGAAGGUUAAAAAAAAAAGUCUACUGCAGGCAUAGAUCCUGAAAUCAUUGGAACUUUGUCAGUGGAACCUGUCCUAAGUUUUCAAAGGAGUUUUUACUCUCUAAUAUUUAUUAGUGUUGUGUUUCUUUUUAACACUUGGUAGUAGAGGUGUUUAAUUAGGAAAAUGUCUAUGGAAAAAGCUUUUUCAAGAUAAGAGUUGUCAAAAUUAAUGAAGAGUGAAGAACUAGAAAGUGGGUUUACUCCUAGCAGAAUACUCUUUAAAUGGGGGAUAUGGGAUGAGAAAGAGAGAGAGUGACAAAGAGAAUCAGAAUUUAUUAAAAGUAAUAUUAUUUUAAUGUUUAAAGUAAAUGUAUUCUCAGAACCAUGUGACCUGGGUCACUUCCCACAAGAAACUUUCCAUCUAAAUGCCAAGAUACAGUUUUUGUUAAAUAAUGAGUUACUGAACAUAGGGACUAUCUUAUUUCAACCUUAUUUUCCCACAGCCUGUACCAAAAAACACUUGAUCAAUAUUUAUAGAUUUGAAUAUAGGCACAGUCUUUCACAUAUGGUAAAUGAAAAUUAUUUGAAAGACACCCCAGUGUUAGGGUGCUGGCAACCAACAGUGCUGGAUUCACCCUUAUCUCCCUUCCCAUUGAACGAGUCAAGGAAAUACACAGAAUCUAGGUUUGAAAAUCUCUGCAAUCUAGGAAAACUGUUCACAAUCUUCCAAACUUCAGGAGGAAACUAUGAUAAUCAAAGUCAAACAGGACACUGAGGCAGACAGUUGAGCUGAGAAUAAGGAGGAAGAGGUUGACCCACUGCUCUGUGAUUCCAUUUCACUUUCCAACUAGAGGUAUAUGGUCAUUUAUCUACUGGGAAGUAAUUACUUUCUGAGAGCAAGAAAAUUUUCACACUCUCCUCCAUUAUUUCACUUUCCAGUCAUCAGGAGUCCCCAAGUCCAGGAACAUUAUGCUGUUGGAAACAAAUACAGACAGGCAAUGAUGGUCUGCCACCUGUGGUAAAUUUUUUUUUUCAGUAAUGGCCCGCAAUUUGUUCAAAUCUCCCUGUAACCAUUCCUGUAGAUAAGCCCCUCAAACCCUUCCUGUAGGCUUGAACAUAUGUCUUAAUUUGGACACUGGUACAAUAACGAAAUGUGAUGCAAGCUGAGUCCUGAAAAGUACCUGAUACCAUUGGAUCCCAGAGACCUCAGUGGAAAUGCCCAAGCUCGUCUCCUGGAAGGAUGAGACACCAAACGGAGGAGAACUGAAACACCCCAGCCAACAAACGCCAUCGAAAGGACUGACCACAGACACAGAGGCUGGCAGAGCUGGCCCAGACCUGAAGAAACACACAACCAACCCAUGAAGUCAUGAACUCUAAAUAAAGCGGUGGUUGUUUUAGACACUGUUUUGGGACGGUUUGUUAUACAGCAAAAGUUAAGCAAUACACUUUCUGAAACUUGAAAUAGGCAGAGCAUGGAUGACAGCAAGAAAAACUGUGUAUUUUAUAUAUAUAAUUGUUAGAUAACAAACAAAAUAUAAUAUGUAUCUUAUAGAAGAAUGUUAUAUAGGAUACUUUAGUAUAACAUAUUACAAUAAAAUAUA